CGAGCCCACACCACCACACCCACACACCACACACCACACACCACACACCACACACCGACCACACCCCGCCGCGCGCCGAGCGGGCCGCCACCCUGCCGCACAGACUCCCCGCCUGCAACGGAGCCGCCGGUAACGAGCCCACACCACACACCACACACCACACACCACACACCACACACCACACACCACACACCACACACCGACCACACCCCGCCGCGCGCCGAGCGGGCCGCCACCCUGCCGCACAGACUCCCCGCCUGCAACGGAGCCGCCGUUAACUCAGAGUUGCCCGUGCAACAACAGCCACAGUCACCGCGUUCGGUCCGCAAGAGGUUCGGUUCCGCGAGCGAGGAGACUAUACUCAAGCAAGUCAAUGGUGGUGGUAAUGAUGGUGGCUGCGUGUCGGCCGCAGAAUGGGACGCGUUCAAACAGGAGAUGCUUCGAGAGAUGCGCCAGCAGCUCAAUCAGGCCAAGAAAGAGAUUAUAGACGCAAUGAAGGCAGAGUUUGCGCGCAGAUAAAAUUAAAGCGCGUCACCCGAGUGAAACUAGUCCAUCGCGCCGGAUACCGGUGAACAAUUAUUUUAAAUAUUGGGGGUCACCGCGACCCCAACGUCUUAAAUACUGGGGUACACACGACCCCCAAUGUAACGAACGUUAACUCGAUAAUAUACACGGGGUCAAAUGGACCAUAAUUUUAAUAUAAAUUAAUAUAUUCAACGGCAUGAGUAUGACAUCAUAUAUAACGGGGGUUGUUACCCCAUUUGGGCAGACAAUGUAUAGAGGUCUAUCUAUUUUACUUUUUAGUAUAAUUUAUUAUUAAUUUAUAAUCAUAAAAUGCUUUUGGUCUAAUAAAAACCCCCAUAUUCCAUGAGUGAUAGAAAACUAUUAAAAUAGUUACCACUGUUCCAUAGAGAUAAGUGGGACUCAUUGAACAGACAACCUCGCCUAUUAUAAUUAAUAUAACUGUAUUAUUAUAAUUAUUGACAUUUAUAAAAAAUACUAAACUAGCUCCAAAGCAAUAUCACUCUUAAGUUGCGAUAACUUUAGAGUGAUAUUCCAUUGGUUGUUUGAUUACGUUAUUUUGAUAUUAUUGACAUUUAAGCGUACCUAAUUAUUUAUUAAAUGUAAUUAAAAUGAUGUUCUAUGUCAUUAUUGCAGUAAUUAAAUUAGCCACUUUUUAACAAUGGCUUAUUUAUUUAGGAGCUCCGAAUAUAAUUCUAAUGUAAAAUAUGCUUACAAUUAUAGAAAUUUUAGAUGAUUUUUUUCCUAAAUUGAUAGAUUUAUGCGAAUGCCAGCAAAAAUUGUGAAACAUUCAAAGCAAAUGUAUUACGAGUCAUCUAAGUACAUAUUUCAUUUUUGAUCAACCACAUAUGUAAAGAUUAAAGCGUUGAUAAAGCUAAAUGAUUCU